AUUAUACUGUCAACUAACGGAAAAUAAAAAAAGCUAUUAGUAUUUAAAAUUUAAAUAAAUUAUUAUUUCCUCAUAAUUAUUCCUCUUUUAGCACGUAACGCGUAUUUUACUUUUGUACUUUUCAUAAUCACAUCGCCUGCGACAUCAUAAUUUGGUGAAACCGGCCAGACGAAAAUGACAAUAACACAAGUUGUUUGUGUUAUUGAAAGUGCUUUGUGUUUCUAAUUUUAAAGCAAAUAAUUUUUAUCUACACGUUAAGAUAUUAAGAAUGACUUAUACACAUAAACAUUAGAUUUUAAUACUAUUGAGCUCAAUGUUGAAUACCGAUAUUGUAAAAUUAUAAUUAUGAAUCCCGUAGCAGGCAAAAGAUUAACAUAUAAGCGAAUGAGACCUAAUCCCCUAUUUGAAGUAUGUUUAGAGAAAAUUUAUGAAGAAGCUAGAUUAAAUAAUACAAAAUAUUUGCCAGUUAUCAAAGAAGCCAUGUUAUCAUUAUCUAAAUAUCCAUUACCUUUAAAAUCUGGAGCUGACUGUGCCAUACUUAAAGGUUUUAAUAAAUCACUAUGUGUUCUUCUAGACAAGUAUGUGUUAGAAGAAGUCUCUAAAAAUUGUCUUUCCCAUAAUACUACUACAGAUGAGGUAAUAGAUUUAGAAACAUACCAAGGUUCAGUUAGUAAAGAUUUUACUUUAAAACCUUUAUCCACCCAAGAAAUAAUAGAUGUAGAGAAUUGCAAUACCUCAAUUAUUCAUCACAAAGAUAACAUUGAUAAUAGUCCAAGAUCUUCCUGUUCUGAAAUACUUCCUAAAAAAGGUAUCUAUAAACCUCAAUUCAAAUCUGGAGCUUUUGCUAUACUUAUGGGUUUGUUAGAGCACUAUAAGAAAAAUUCUGAAAAGAAUUUAUCAAAAAAUGAAAUUAUACAAGUUGCCCAGAAGUAUUGUGAAGAAUCUUUCAAAGUUGCUAAGUCUGUGAGGUACUCAGCUUGGUCCAGUAUGGCUCGCUUAAUUAAUAAAGGCCUUGUGAUAAAAAUUCGAAGUAAGAAAAUUCAAUAUGCAUUAACUGAAAAAGGUGUUUCUAUGGCUUAUAAUUUGUGGAAUGAAUAUGAAACUAAACCUUCAACAAAUAAAUUUAUGUUCCAAAAACCAAUGGAAGUUGUAGAUAUUGGAAAUGUUUCAUCAUCAGAUAAUUUAAUCAAUUUGCAAGAAAUCAAUCCAUUUGAAAAAAUAAAUACUGAUUGUGAAGAGGCUUUAACUCCAGUUAUUUAUUUACCUGCUAAUUGUUAUGAUAUUGUGUUACUUAUUGAUAAAAAUGAAAAGAAUGGAAAUGAUGAUCCAUUCCAUAACUAUCCUGAUUUAAAAUAUGAACUGAGAAGUCUUAAAGUUGGUGAUUUUACAUGGAUUGCAAGAAAUCGUGUUAGUAAUGAGGAACUUGUCUUGCCCUAUAUCAUUGAAAGAAAGAGGAUGGAUGAUUUAGGAGCAAGUAUUAAAGAUGGAAGAUUCCAUGAACAAAAAUUUAGAUUAAGAAAAUGUGGUUUAAAACAUGUUUUUUAUCUUGUGGAAUCAUAUGACAAAAAUAAACAUGUUGGCCUACCUCUACCUUCCCUUAUGCAAGCCCUUGCAAAUACAAGAAUCCAAGAUGGCUUUAAAAUUUACUAUACAGAUUCUUUGAUCAAAAGUCAUAGAUUUUUGGCUAUGAUGACCAAAAGGUUACAAGUUGAGUAUAUGAACAAAUCAUUAUGUGGAGCCAGUUGCGACCCAAAAGAUGGAAUGCUAAUGACCUACAACUAUUUUAAUAAAUCAUCAGUGAAAACUAAAGUUUUGAGUGUUACUGAAAUGUUCAUCAAAAUGCUACUUCAACUAAAAGGAAUGUCCGUUGAAAAGGCAUUAGCGAUAACUAGUGUUUACAAAACACCUAAAUCUUUAUUAACUGCUUAUGAAAAUUGUGAUACAAAACUAGGAGCACUUCUUCUAGCUCAUUUAAAAUAUGGCGACUUAAACCGAAAUGUGGGUCCCACUGUCAGUAAGACAAUAUAUCAGUUAUUUACUACCUAUUAAGUGAAGUCCAAAAUUUCAAUGAUCUCAUAUUUUUGUACCUUCUAUAUUAAUAUUUUAAAACUAACAUAAUCAUGAAACUAGUUAAUAAAUAUCAUUUUAGCAUG